CCUAAAUCUGAAUCUCCCCUCAUACUUCAAGGUUUUCAAGAGCAAUUCCUUACAAAAUUAAUCAAGAAACAUGGCUAGCCACGGAGCAAUACAGAGGCCAAGCGCCGCCACCAGAUCAGACUCCCCUCUUGAUUCUAGUAACCCGAGAGCUUCAACGGCGGGAACAAACUGGAGCAACUUCAAGCGUGCAGAAUUCAAACUGGUGUGUCCCUUCAACAUCCCUUCAAGCCCAGAAGCAGCUGCUCUAAGAAUCAUCAAAAACCUAAGCCAUUUCGCAUUGUAUUACACUCAUUUUGUCUGGAUUAUUCUGUUCAUUAGCCUAAUCCCAAAGCGAAAGCUCUCUCUGAUACUCUUGGUGAUCAUGACCUACAUAGGAUCUUUGUUCCUCUUGCUGUUACGUGCCGUGCCGAGUUCUAACAUUGUUCAUAAGAUUUUGGACAAAAGAGUUGUGCUUCCUUUGAUAUUUGUCGCAACUGUGGUUCAGCUUGUCGUGACUGAUGCUGGUUUACAUCUUCUUGUGACGUUGGCUGGCUCUUUGCCUUUCGUUUUGGUUCAUGCUGUUUUGUGGGUUAGAGAGGAUUUCUCUGUUGAGGAAGAGGGUUAUGUUGGUGGUGGCCGCGGCAGCGGCGGUGAUGGUGCUUCCGGAGAGUUGCUUCCUCUUGUGCAGGAGUCAUCGUCAAUGGUUUGAAUUUUUUUCCUCCCCAAGUGGUGUUGUAUGGUUAAGAAAUUUUAUGGAAAAACAAUAAACAAUUUGAAUUUUAAGC